AUGACAGAGCGGAUCGAGUUCGAGAUCGAUGUGGAAGAGCUCGGUGCGGUAAAGUGUGGUGAAGUCGCUUUUAAGCAGCUUCGCUCGGUGGCUAGGGCGGCCGCCAAGGAUGUCAUCGAACUUUACUUGGCUCAGGGUGCGGGGCGACAGCUGCUUGAACAAGCAGCACAGUUCCCUGCCAUGCCAGGGGCACAGGGCCCACGGCACCUGGGGUAUAACCAGCUGUACGGUAUGGUAUGGAACCAACUGGAGGCGUCGGUUAACCUGACCGCAGAAAGGCGUACUGUGAUCGCGGACUCCAUCAUGCAUGAAGCCAAGAUGCUCACUGAUGAUGUGGCGGGUGCGGAAUCAUUCAUCCGUGCCUACAGGGUGGGUGAGUUGGCUUUGGUUCGGGCCGGCUUGCGCCCAGACGGCGACACUCUAUUGGCGGAUGCGGAUGUUAGGGCAUUGCGGACUGAUCUGCAAGCGCAACUUCAAGCACUAGUGAGGGCAGGGCAGCAGCGUGAUCUGAAUGUGAUGAUGGAGCAGAAGAUUAGCAAAUCGGUGUUCAGCUUCAUCCGUAGCCUAGCAGUGUAUGAUCAGCCGACAACGCCUCACGAGGUCAUUCAAUGCUUGUAUCGUUGGAUCGAAUCCCAGCGACGGUCACAGAAUGUGACCAUGAAUCCGCCAGUAGCCGCAGGGUCGAGGAUUCAAACGUUCCAACCACAGUUAGUGCAACCACAUGUCGCAUCAACGAGCCUGCCAUCAGCCCCUGCUGACGGAUUCCAGCAAUCCGCGCCCGCAGAAGAUGUGUAUGUAGCUGCUGUUGAUGGGUCAUUUCAUUACAUUGGGGCUCUCACUCGACCGUUUGGAGUUAGCAACACUGGUAAUGCUCGGCGUUUGGCCAGUUCUAGCUUUCAGAGUGCUUCCCCUCCAGCCACAACCGCAACAAAGUGCCCCGAGUGUCAGGGUACGCAUGGUGAUGUGAAGCAAUGCCCGGGAAACAUUGCCCGCAAUGACCCGGGCUACAAGUUGAUUCCGGGUAGUAAAAUGCUGUGUAAGUGGAAAUGCUUCGGAAAGCACCCCUGCGAUGGGAACAAUCACUUCAGCAAGCACCACCGGCAACAGUUACGGAUGGAGCGUGGCCAGCGCCCUACCUUUAAAGGCAAGGGGAAGGGCAAAGGGAAGGCCAAGGGACAAUACGUCCACAUCAAAGGCAAGGGAAAGGGGAAACACAUCUCGAGUAUGUCACCGGAUGGUAUGCUGACCUACUGGGUUGACGAAGACGGUAGUUGGUACGAUGCGAACGGCACGUAUGUAGGGGCUGACAGUGACGAAUGGCCCGCAGACGGUGGUAUCAACAGCAUCACUGUCACAACCGGUGGUAUCGAGCUUGAGCCUGAAGAAGAUGAAGUUCAGUUGGACAGCCGACUGGCCGAAUGCCAACAGGACGAGAUUUCAGAAUUUCAGUCCUACGUUUCCAGCUUGCCCGUUUCACAAAUGCCUGUCUCACCCGCGUUCACGAAUGGGCCGAAUGCAGCGGUGCUGCCUGUGACGAACCCUGGUCAAACAGGGAUGUGUACCUUGCAAGCCUCUUCGGACACUUCGGUACCUAGUGUGGCAACGGGAGAGUGCCCACAGGCUAAAGCCUGGUCGCAAGGCCAGCAUCGCAUUUCUACCAUGCGAAAGCUUUGCGUGAUUAGUGCAGAUUCGGGGCCGAGAGCCAGUGGCACCGGGGGUGUCGACAGUGCCGGGAGCACUGAUGUGUGUGGUGCCGGAGGCACAGCCGGAGGCUUGAGCAUUGUUGCUGGAGGCAACAGAGCCGGGAGCUCCAACACGGUAGCCGGCGGCAUACGAGAGACCAGUCAUGUCGAAGGCAUUCUAGGUCGGUUGGGCUCGAUUGUACAGUCUCGCAGUCUUACUUUGGAUUGCAUGUUGCAGAUUUGUGUCACUCGGGCUGAGCUCAUGCAGAUGUGCAUCCAGCAAGAUCUCGUACCAGAAGCCUACAGGGAUCGUUUCUUCCAGCAAAUCAUUCAACCUUUCAGCGAUUGCUUUUGGAUCGAUGGGGCACCUGCUCCAGAAAUCAAAGGCUUCAAGGCUUCGAUUGCGCCCAAGAAAGAUGCAGUCUUUAAGGCAGGACAGCCCUACCGGCUGUCAAGGUUCGAUGAGGCCCGUUUGAGCUUCCUCGUUGAAGAAGAAGUCGUUGAAGGUAAGCUUGAGCCGUUAGGCCCCAACGACCCCGUACCCCCAAUGGUGACACCCACAUUCGUUGUUGAUAAGAAGGGUAGCUUGAUCGGUAGGCGCGUUGGUGACUUCCGCGAGCUCAACCAAAACACGGAAGAGUAUUAUUACCCAGCGCCUGACGCGGAAGCCAUCCUUAGCCGCGCAACCGGUCAGCAUUUUCACACUACUUUGGAUUGUGUUUGGGGCUUCUCGGGCUUGGCUUGCGACGAGGAGACAAGCCUUCUUCUAUCAGUGAUUACACCCGCUGGCGUGUUCAAAACGAAGAAACUUCCGUUUGGCCCGAAACAAGGUCCUGCAAUCUACCAAAGCGUUCAAGAACGCAUUUUCGGAUCGGCUUUCAAACAAGAUGGUAGCCCGUUAGUAGACAUCUUCGUGGACGAUUCUCACCUCGGGGAUGACACAGUCGAUGACCAUUUCGCUUCAUUGAUUCAGUUACUAAAGUUGGCUAGGCACCAUGGGCUACAGUAUCGUUUGUCGAAGUGCGUGUUUUUCCAGCCUGAAUGCGUUCUGCUGGGAAACGUGGUUGGGCGGUUUGGCCGAAGGCCGGACCCCAAGAAAGUCGCACAACUUAAGGAGUGGCCCGAACCGAAAUCUUGUGCAGAUAUCAUGAGUUUUCUAGCGUUCGCAAACUAUUUGCGCAUCUAUUUAGGGCCUCGGUUUGUAGACAAGUCUAUGCCUCUCCGGAAGUACACCAAGAAAGGGAGCGACUUUCAGAUGUACGACCGCGACGUAGAAGCACAGAAAUCCUUUCAGGACAUCCGGAACACGUUAGUGGAACGUGCCGUGUUGUAUGCUCCUGAUUGGGAAGCUGCCGCGUAUCCGUGGCGCUCAGCGCGACCUUUCGAAGUGUAUAUCGAUGCUUCAGAUCAUUCGUAUUGUGCUGUUCUUUGUCAGCGACCCGCACCCCAUGCGCCUCCGCGCCCCAUUGCCUUCUUCGCGACUUCCUUUGACGAAGUCGCGACGCGUUGGAGUGCAUUUGAGCGAGAGUUUUUCGCGUUUCGUGAAGGCAUGUAUGCACUACAUAAGUACAUUGAUGGUUUCCCAGUGUAUGCCUUUUUCGACCAUCAUAAUGUGGAGCGUGCUGAAGCUGUAUUAAAAAGCCGUCGUGCUAGUAAGAAGCUUGUCGCAUGGAUAGCUGAUGCUCAGCCGUUGCUCGCCAACACGAUGCGUGUGUGGAUUGCGGGAAAGGACAACAUUCUGGCAGACAGUGGAUCGCGCGCCCCAUGGGCCGACGCAGUGGGCCAGAGACAGAAGGCCAUUGCUCUUAUCAAACGGGCAUUGCGGGAGUCCAUCUUAGAGCAAAAGCCGCAAGUUAAGAACGUGCAGCACAUCAUACAAAAUAGUGGGCGCGAGUAUUUUCUCAUUACGUUUGACAGGAAGUUUAGUGAGUUUCGCUUUUUGAAAGAGUCGCAAAGCAUCACCAUUUCCUGCUGCGGAACAGGAGGACGUGCAAUUCAUGGCCAUGACGUGGCAGCACACAUCACGCACAUUCUUUACGCAGCAUCAGUUGGUGUUCGCGAAGCAGGUAACUUUGGUGCUGGCACAUUGAAGCGUAACGGGUUCCAUGGGAAUGCAGCCGGUUUCUUUUAUGUACAUCCGCCGGAGCACGUAGCAUUGAGCACAUGGGAUCCAAAAUGCGACACCUUUGUGCCAAGACAUGUGUAUUGCUGGAAUUCAGUAGACGUGCGACGUACUGCGGGCGGCUCACUAGAGUGUAAGUGUCUAGGCCAUCCGGUAGGAACGGACCCGAUGUCACUCACACCUGAGGAAUCCAUUGUGUAUGCGGACGGCUCGUCUUUGGAACUCACUGGAAAAACGAGUGUUCUUCGCAAACUAAUGUCGUCAGUCACGGCUCUUGCUCAGCAGAUGGGUGAACUUGGGACGCCCGUUCCCAGUUCUUCGACUUUUGGGUUCGAUGGCGAGGAGAAUGGUUUAAAGGUCCCCGCAAGCCCUUUGGAGUCAGAUGUCCUCAAGUUUGGGUUGGCCUAUUUUUGGGCAGUCCAAAGAGAACCCCUCACAUCGAUCACUGUAGCAUGCAACGUGAAGGAGAUCGAGGUUGUACCCAUUGGGUCUUUCGAUGCCCAUCGGGAAGCUUUACUUGGUGACGAUACUCGAGCUGUUACGGCAUUGUUGUCAGCAUCAUGCGCAGCAGAUCCUCUGUUUUCAAGCGUGUCCAUGAACAACGACGUCAACAAAAGCAAAGCCGAAGCCAGUGAAGCAGCACCGCAGCUUGUAGGAGCAGCCGAAGAAGAGUGGACAGGCUGUGAUUAUGAUGAAUGUAACAUGUUGAACGAGCUUUUUAACGUGUGGCAGCGUCGACAACGUUUCUUGAGAGGUAAACGCUGCAUGUACAAUGAUGCUACAGACCAAAUCUUUCAUGUAGCCAAGGACUCACAAACUUUGGUCAUUCCUGACCUUGCUGGUUCAAACCUGUCACCUAACAUGUUUCCAUUACGCUCCACUUUCGCUUACUUCGAAACUCCGGUUGAGAGGCCAAUCCCAACGCAUGUGAAGGUAGGGUGGUAUCGACUUGAGGCUCAGUUUCGCUACCUCAACAGCACCAGUCGUCAAGUAGCCGUCAAGGUUCCCUGGUUGUUGAGUGUCUUUUCAACCGAUGAGCACAUCAUGCCUGGGAGCGCUGUUCUAGAUGACAGCGAGUCAUGCUCAUUGAUUUCUCAGGGAAAAGGUUUGCAUUUCGAACACCAGCAGCUCCAUCGCAUCCAUCGUCACACGGGUAUUCCACUCCCGGAACUUCGGGAGGCCGCUGCAAGGCUCCCAGAGUACCGACUGUACUUCGGUUUGUUGCAGCGUAGAUGGUACAGUACCCAGACCGGUUUGUAUGAGUAUUUUACGGUAGUUCCGAAGGGUGGUUGGAGAUCGGUGGAGUUUCAAGGGGUCAGUCGUAGGUUGAGUUUGCGUCGUUACGUGCUCAUUUCACAUCAUUGCUCGCCUAUGGGCGGCCACAAAGACAGGGACCGAACAUUUAGCGCCAUCACAGAUGCAGGUCUCUGGUGGAAGGAUUUGCGUACUGAUAUUGACGCACUCAUCAAGAACUGUUUGGUUUGCAGAGUUGCGAAGAGUAGACCGCUUGUGACCGGUUUCAUGCGAAGUCGUGAGUCAGAUGGCCCUUUUCGCGUACUUAUCAUGGAUUUUAUUGGGCCGCAGAAACCUGCGACACCACGGGGUAACGAGUAUUGUUUUACCUGCGCUUGCGUCUUUAGUGGCUGGUAUUGGUGCAUACCCUGUAAGAAAGAAGAUUCCGCGACAGCGGCCGAGCUGUUUGCAGAACGUGUCAUGUUUGAUUUAGCAGGUGUACCGGCAAUGCUGUGUUCUGACAGGGCCAAAGCCUUCACAGAGUCGGUAGUCAAGCACUUGAAUGCAACGUUCGGCAUCAAACAGGUAUUAAGGACCUCCUUGCAUCCACAGUCACAGUCAGCAGUUGAACGACCACACCGGGAGUACCGCACACUUUGCAAGCAGUUUAUGCGUGAGUUUGCUAACAACUUUGAUGUGGUAGCGCCUCUGUUUCAGUGGACUGUUCGCACUUCGUGCAAGGUCUUUAACGGUUCGUUCACCCCUUAUGAAAUCAUUACAGGAAUGAAACCUCGAACUGCAUUGGAUGGUUUGUUGAGUACACCAGCCGUCGUCCAAUCAACAUCUGUAGACUCGUAUGUCACGGACUUGAUUCAGUACUUGCGAAAGGUGCACAGCUUCGUUGAGAGUGAACAUCGUCGUGUCCGUAGCGCGGAACAAGAGCUGCAGAUGCGCAAAUAUGGUGCAAAUACACACUUCGCAGUUGGUGACUACGUUCUUCUCAAGAAGGGCUCUAAAGAUUUGGGAUUCCACCAACCAGUUUCGGCAGACAGACUGGUGCCAGUGCAGCUGGCCGUUGGCCUUGACGGACGAGUCCACGUCAAGUGGGACGACGACGGUCUUUUGGCAUCGUUGCAUACAGUGGCCGAUCUUUGCCAGUCGCCAACCUUGCAGGAUGCAUGGCGAUCCGUGGAGCGAUUGGUGAGUCGUCCAGGAGAAGAUGCGGAAACCCAAGAAGCCGUCGAAGGUUGCGUGGAAGGGCUGUCGUUUCUGAUUGGCGCCGCGGCAGCUGCAGACGAUCUGCCAAGAGCUCGCCAAAUCUGUCUUCGAUUGAUGGCAGUGCAAGAAGAGCUGAAACUUGGACACGUCGACAGCAGAAAGGGUGACCAGAAGCCUGCAGAACUCCUGCCGUCUUCAGUAUUGCAUGCGCUCAUUUGCGCUCAUGCUCGUGGCGGCGAUGCAGAUGCAGCCUUCUCUCUUUUAGGCUCGUUGGAGGCAGCUCAGGCAGAGGGCAGUACUGGUGCAACCGAGAAGAUCCCGGUGGAGAUCUUUGAAGCCCUCAUCGAAGGCUUGGUAAGUGGGGGGCGCGUGGAAGCUGCCUUUGCGGCUUUUAAUCGAAUGCGGACGUGGGCGCUAUUGGUUCCGUCGCCGCAGCUUUACACACAGAUGAUCAAAGCCUGUGGAAUUGUCCGGGAUCCCGAGCAGGCCCAGAGCCUCUUUGAUGAGAUGGCUUCCAGGUCUGAGCCGACUGAGACUGCGAGGGCUGAGCUUGCCGUAGCCUUAUCAAGCAGACGACGCACCGCCAGAAGCGCCUUCGCCGUCGCAGGGGAGGCAGCGCGGAGAGGUGAAGCUCUUGGGCAGCGUCUGUGUGUGGCUUUGGCACGUGCUUGUGCAGAAGACGGGCGUGCGGAUGAGGCCAAACUUCUCAGAAGGAGAAUGAUGGCUGCCGGGAUUGUUCCUGAUGCAGGCAUCCGAGCUGACCUGGUGCGAGCCUUCGGCGCAGCAGCGGCCACGGCUCGAGGUGGCGAGCGGACGAGGCUUCUUUCGCAUGCAUGGCGGGAGGUGCAGGAGGCCAAGGCGCAGGGAGCGCAUCUGCCGGCGGAACUGCUACAUGCCUUGCUUGCAGCUUAUUGCUCUGCCGACUUGGCAGGUCAUGCACAAGAAGUGCUCAUGAUGAGCCAGUCACAGCUUGGAGUGGAGCCGGAUGAAGUGGCUUACGCUAUCGUCUUGUCAGCGUUGGAGGUCGCCUCGCCAACAGAGUUUCGGCGCCUAUGGUUCCACAUGAGGAACAUGCCAGCACGUCCUGGCGAGGUGCUUUUGCAGUCAGCACUUCGUGUGGCCGUGAAGCUUCAGGAUCUCGCCUUUGCGCGAUCCGUGUUGGAACUGCUCUUCCAGGCCAAGGCGGCCCCAGAGGCUGCCACCAUGGCAGCGCUUGGGGCGGUGACGGGUCCGGAAGCUGCUGCCUUGCGCCGCCUCCUUGCUGCGUUUAGCAAGGUGGGAUCUCGCCCUGCCCUGACCAACCAAAGGCAAAGUUCCGAUGGAGAUGGUGUGGCUGCGGCAGAAAAAGCGCUUCGUAGGUCAGGAGAAGGGCAGCAUGCAGCCUUGACAGCUGUCACCGGCAGCUCAUGCUCACUUUGUGCCACUCCGGUUCAAGCUUCGGAGAAAGGUGGGACUGCUCCCGGAUACCUAGAUGUGUUUCUGCAGCGCCGCCACAGAGAUUGGCAUGCAGUGCAAGCAUCGCCUUCCCGGCAUCAACCACGUGCGUGUGUCAAUGCAGGUGAUCUUCAUGGUGCCUUCCCCAGUUUUCUUUCGGGCGAGUGUGGUGAGCCAGAGGAUGUCCAGAAGUCGGCCGAGGUGGCAGAACCGCCCGGAGAAAGUCCCGCACCGCGCGGGAGGCGCCAGAGUGUGCUCUCAAUUUUCGACGUCCAAACAGAUAAGCCAGACAAGCAGCCGCCCUCCAGAGAGGGAUCAUUCCUUCGGCGGCUCACGGGCAGUUUCGCGCACGAGGAGCCCGGCCUUGAUGAGGCCCAGAAGCAAAGGUGGAAGGAGAUGAUGCAACAGGCAGGCAUUUCCUCGCGAUCUGGCUCUGACAACGCGGCUGUCCAAGAAGAGGAUGGGGACCAAGAAGAGGAGGGUAAGCCAGGACCAGGCUUGAAACGAAGUGGCACUGGCUGGAGCAGCAUGCCGAAAAAGGAUCGCCAAGUACAAGACCGGCUUAGGGCCUUGAAUGGAAAUCGAUGCCUCAAGUCUAGGCUUCUGGCGGCGACCGUUCUGGAGUCGGAGGCGUUUGAUAUCGUGAUGAUUGUCAUCAUCCUCGCGAAUGCAAUCACCAUAGGCGUGGAGCAGAAUAUCCGUGUUGAGGGCGGCAACACCAAGGACGGUCCCCUGAACGUUUUGGAGCAUAUCUUCCUCGUGAUUUACACUCUUGAGAUUUUCCUGCGCUUCUUUGUGAACGGUCCAUGCAAAUCCCUUCGGGACCAUUGGGUGAAAUUUGACACAAUUCUGGUAAUUUUGGGCUGGCUGGUCCUCUGGAUUCUGCCGGCGGCAAUGUCGCCUGCAGACGAGACGGGCGAGUGGUCCAGCUUCUUAACAUUGCGGACACUUAGAUUAUUGCGCCUAGCGAGAACCGCCCGCAUCAUCACUAGAAUGCAUGAACUCUGGAUGCUGGUACAGAUGGUCACAUCUUGUGCUAGCACUAUGGUUUACACGCUUCUGUUGCUAGUCACGGUGUUGUACCUGUUCUCGUUGCUCUUCGUGGAGGUUAUCACCAACCACCCCAUGGCCAAAAAUGAGGCGACAGACCCUCAAUUUUAUGAUGUUGCCAAUGAGCAUUUCGGCAAUCUCUUCGUGACAUUCGUGACGCUUGUUCAGUUCGUCACAUUAGACUCCAUGGCCAAUGUCUACAAGCCUCUUGUCAAGGUGGAUCCGGGCUUGGCCGUCUACUUCGGCGGCUUGGUGCUGGUGAUCUCUAUCGUGCUGAUGAAUCUCAUCACCGCGGUGAUCGUCAACAGCGCGCUCGAGCAGGCCUCGAGCAAUAAAGAGAUACAGAGGAUCCAGGAGAACAAGCGUCGGAAGAAGACGAUCGAUGAGCUCCGAGGGAUGUUCUCGCGCCUAGAUGAAGAUGGCAGUGGGACCAUCACUUUGGCGGAGAUCAUGGAGGCUACAGAAGAGGACCAGAUGCUCUUGAAAAAGUUCUUGACGCUGGAGAGUCCGCUGGAGAUAUUUCGCAUGCUGGAUAUAGAUAACUCCGGGCAGCUCAACAUCGACGAAUUCUGUGAGGGGGUCAUCCAGGCCGUCACCUCAGAUCGGUCGGUGGAGUUCAAGCGUAUCGACAAGAACUUCAAGCAGCUAAGAAAAGAAGUCAGGGCCUUGCAGCUGUCCGUGGACAAGUUGACGGGACUGCUUGUCCAGACCCUGGGUGCCGGGUCAACAUUGUCGACUUCAAGCGUGCAACUGUCAACCGUGUCCCAGGAUGUCAGGGACGCGAAGAACAAGCGCAGAGGAAUCUUUUUCGAAGAGGAGGCGAAGUCAAGGGAGCCAGUCAUGGAGCCAGAGCCUCGGGGAGCUCUGGAGACGCAGAUGCCUCCGAUCUGGGCCACGGAUCUAUUUAAAUCUCUCAGAGAAGAGUUGGCGCAAGAAUUUUGGCAGGUCCGCAGUGACCUCGCGCGGGGCAUUGCCGUGACGGCGCAGCAGGCCGCACAAGUCGCUGCAGGUCGACCUGCCGACGCAUCCGAUCUACAUCAGGAGGUGGUAGCCGCCAUGAAGUUGGCGUGGGUCUCCGACAGAUUCCUGCACGAGCGGCCACAUGAGAGGGCAACUGGCCCGGGUGCUGCUCGAGAACUCCAAGGACAUCUGUCGAACAAGUUCAAGGAAUACCCCACUGCAAGAGGCGAAAGGACUGGUGCUGCUGUGGUGCCCCGUGCAGCGCCUGCCAUGCCACCAGCGCCGCCGCAGACGGACACCGACUCACCACGGUUCGAUCUCGGGCCGUGGAAGGAUUGA